AUGUCUCAAGUAUACUUGCAUUCAGCUAAUCAGACUUUGUGUGCAUCUACAAAUGGUACAGAACUGAAAUCAAUCAUUGAUAAUGAAACCACAAAUGAAAAAUGGACCGAAGACUCCUUUCCAGGAUUAGAAAUACUGUGCACAAUUUAUGUUACAUAUGCUGUGAUCAUUUCAGUGGGUCUCCUUGGAAAUGCUAUACUCAUCAAAGUCUUUUUCAAGAUUAAAUCAAUGCAGACGGUUCCAAACAUCUUCAUCACCAGCCUGGCAUUUGGAGACCUACUGCUUUUAUUAACUUGUGUGCCUGUAGAUGCAACACGUUACAUUGUGGAUACCUGGCUCUUCGGAAGAAUUGGGUGCAAGCUGCUGUCUUUUAUCCAGUUAACCUCAGUUGGAGUAUCAGUGUUUACCCUGACUGUUCUCAGUGCUGACAGGUACAGAGCCAUCGUUAAACCCUUGGAACUGCAGACCUCGGAUGCACUCCUGAAGACCUGUUGUAAAGCUGGUUGUGUUUGGAUCGUCUCCAUGAUAUUUGCUAUCCCAGAGGCUGUUUUUUCAGAUCUGUAUUCUUUCAACAAUCCUGAGAAAAACAUAACUUUUGAGGCAUGUGCCCCCUAUCCUGUAUCGGAGAAGAUCCUGCAGGAAGCUCACUCCCUGGUUUGCUUCUUAGUGUUCUAUAUCGUACCCCUAGCUGUCAUUUCUGUCUACUAUUUUCUUAUCGCCAGAACUUUAUAUAAAAGUACAUCCAACAUGCCAGCAGAAGAACAUGGUCAUGCCCGUAAGCAGAUUGAAUCCCGCAAGAGAGUUGCAAAAACAGUGCUGGUGCUUGUUGCUUUGUUUGCCUUUUGCUGGUUGCCUAACCACAUCCUCUACCUAUACCGCUCUUUUACAUACCAUGCUUCUGUAGAUGCUUCUACCUUUCAUCUGAUAGCCACUAUUUUUUCCCGUGCCUUGGCCUUCAGCAAUUCCUGCGUCAAUCCUUUUGCUCUUUAUUGGCUGAGUAAAAGUUUCCGGCAACAUUUUAAAAAGCAAGUCUCGUGCUGCAAGGCAAAACUCAGAACAAAGCCUCCCAGUGCUACCCACAGUAAUACACCUACCAGAGCCCUGUCCAUCACGGGCAGCACGCAUGGCUCAGAAAUCAGUGUUACACUGCUAACAGACUAUAGUAUCACAAAAGAAGAGGAAAGUGUUUAG